UGUUGUCAGACUGGACAAAAUUACUCAUCUAACUUUGAAACUACAAUGAGAAACAUUCAUUCAUUCAUUCAUUUUCCGUAACCACUUAGUCUGUUAGGGGUUAUGGGAGAGCUGGAGCCUAUCCCAGCUAACAUUUGGAAAGAGGUGGUGUACAACCUGGACAGGUCACAUAGAGGCAGACAACCAUUCACGCUCAUACUCACACCUACGGGCAAUUUAGAGUCACCAAUCAACCUAACCUGCAUGUCUCUGGACUGUGGGAGGAAACUGGAGUACCCAGAGAAAACCCACCCUGGAUUCGAGCUGGGAACCCUCUUGUUGUGAGGCGACAAAGCCAAUCACUGUACCACCGUGCCACCCAACAUUAAUAUCAAUAAUUUUUACUUCACCACUAUACUGUGGAAAAAAGGCACCAGUACUAGAUUUCAUGUCUCAAAUUAUAAGGAAAAAAAUGACUGUCAAACUACAUUGGUUUGACAGCUACAGUUCCCAGUUGCUUACAAAAGAUUUUACAUUAUACAGUCUUUUAAGCUUAUAAAAUAUUAUAUAUUAUUGCAAUUUAGACAACCCAGCAGUAUAUAAAACAAUAAAAAACAUUUCUUACACUCACAACAGUAAGUAAUUUUAUUUGAGAAUCAUGGUAAUGUUUAUUGCCAAGUAGGUUUUCACUCACAAAGACUUUGCCUCACUGUUUGGUGCAAGAAAUACACAUUAAGGCAAAGUACUGCAAGGGUCAAGGAAAUAAAUAUGUAAUAGAAAAUGUAUAAAAAAUUACUAUAAAUAUGUGCAAUAGAGCUGUUUCAGAAUAAGAGUCCUGUGCAGUUUUGUGCAGGAUCUGCAAAAUUUUGAUUUAAAAUAUCUUGACAAAGGCCUGCAGUUGAAAAAUGGCCGGCUGGCUAACACUGGCACAUUUACAGCUAUGUUGAUUAAUGUGCGUUGUCAUUAUAAAUAAAAGAAAUGAAAUUAAACUGUAUGUGCAAAAGUUCACAAUAGUCCAAUAAUGUAUUCUUGAAGUGCAGUUUGCUAGUGAUACUUACUUGUGUAGGAGUAUGUUUGCAGUGUGGUGCUGCAGCUCCUGAUACCUCCUCCAUCACUGCUCAUUUUUGAUCUUCACACUCAGCUCACUGUUGGUUUUACUUGAAGAUGUACCGCCCCUCUCUGGCGGCCGGGAGGAACUGCGUUCUGGGUGCGCUCGGUUUACAGUCACCAUGACAACCACAGGACACGAAGGCUAACCGGUUAACUCCACUUGACUGAAGAGUUAGCUAAUAAUAUUCUUCUUUUCUUAUUUUACUCGAUAGUUUGUUGAAUAGUGUCCUGUAACAAAAUGGACACGUCUGUAAUUCUGCCGGUCGAAGCAGAGGCGUUUGUUCAAAGUCUGGAAACUUUCUCUGUCAAGGAGGUGGGCUCUGAGAGGUGGUUCAGACAGCACGAGCACAUCGAGAAACUCAACAUGCAGGCGAUACUGAAUGCUUCUGCUAUGCACAAUGAGUUCGUCAAAGAGCACCUGGUGUCCUAUGGAAAGAUACCUGUUCUGGUCCAUGAAAUGAUCCUCAUCGAAGUGUGGAAGCACAAAGUGUUCCCCAUUUUAUGUCAGCUGCAGGACUUUAAUCCCAAGAACACAUUUCAGCUGUACAUGGUUAUCCACCAUGAAGUCACAAUCAUAAACCUACUUGAAACGAUAAUGUAUCAUAAGGAUUCAUGUGACUCAGCCGAUGACUCUGUUCUUGACUUGGUGGAUUACUGCCACCGCAAACUCACCUUACUGGCGAGCAAAGCGACCAGGGAGGGCACAACAACUCUUGACCAACACAACCUGAGAGGAGAAGCAGUUGUAUCCACUAUAGAGGAGUUGCAGGUGCAGAGUGCUGCACUGGAGUUUGAAAUCUCCCUGAAGGCUGUUUCUGUGCUGCGCUACAUCACUGAUCACACCGAGAGUGUCAGUGUCAUCAACCGCAUGCUGUGCACACAUAACCUGCCUUGUGUCCUGGUUCAGCUGAUUGACUGCUGCCCUUGGAGUCGCUAUAAAGAAGGUGAAGUAGAAAAGUACAUCAGUGGCAGAUGGCAGAAGAUCCCUGCUGAGGACCGUUUAAAGAUGACAAAACUAGACGGUCAGGUCUGGAUUUCUCUUUACAAUCUGCUGCUGAAGGAAGACUGCCAAAGGAAAUAUGAAUUCAACAAUUUCAACAAGAAUCAGCUUCUGAAGCUGCGGGGUUUCCUGACGGAGGUGUUGGUUGAUCAACUGCCAAACCUGGUGGAGCUGCAGCGUUUCCUGGCUCACCUGGCCGUUACAGACCCUGCCCCUCCAAAAAAGAGCCUCAUUCUGGAACAGAUCCCAGAAAUGUGGAACCACAUUGUGAGUGAGAAUUCUGGGAAGUGGAAGGCAAUAGCAAAGUAUCAAGUCAAAGAAACGUUCAGCCCGUCUGAGAGUGACCUGAGGCAGCAGGCACAGAGGUUGGCCCAGAUGUACAAUUUGGAUCUGAUGGAGAGUUUACUCCCCGAGAAGCCAAAGUGUGGAUCCUGUGGGAAAGAGGCUGCAAAGAGAUGCUCUCGAUGUCAGGGAGAGUGGUACUGUCACAGAGAAUGUCAGGUGAAGCACUGGCCUAAACACAAGAGAGCCUGCCAGCUUAUGGCCGAGGCCACAGAGAAGAUCCAGAGGGACCUGCACAUCAACAGCUAAUGAAGAGAGACUGCUGACACACAUGAAACAACUGGUGAUGGACGAUAGACUGUUGAGUCACACAAUGGGAGGGGAACAGAUCUGCAUGUUCACGACGCUAAUUCAGAUUCCUAUACAUUUUUGAAAUUCUCUCAAUGCAGGAAAAGUUUAUGCCCAGUUAUAAAGUGUUAUUGUUCCUUUUGUUUUGAAUACUGUAAUGUUUGUUUAUGAUUUUGUGUUUGUCAUUUGUGUUUAAUGAAACCUUGCUUCACUGUCAAGACUCCUGAACUCCUUUGAUUUUAUUAUUCAACACAUUAGAGGUGCAUUUAACUUCAUUACACCAGCAGCAAAUAAAAAUGCUUUAACAACUCUAC